AUGUCCAGUGUGCGGACGAGACGACAGGCUGCUGCCAUUUCGACUCCAAAAACUCCGUCUCCCGCUCCACGAAUGAAUGGUGCCGCGAUGAAAGGGAAUGGCUCAGCCGUUGGGCGUGCGAAGGCUGACCAUCCACCUGAGAACAUAUUCCUCUUCUGGCCCAAUAUAAUCGGCUACACCCGAAUUGUCCUUGCAUUUGCGUCCCUCUACUACAUGCCUUUGCAUCCCAGGACGUGCUCCCUUCUAUAUAGCAUCUCUUGCCUCCUAGAUGCGCUCGACGGAUAUGCCGCCCGGCGCUUCGAACAGUCGACCCGGUUUGGUGCCGUCCUCGAUAUGGUCACAGAUCGCUGCACAACGGCCUGCCUUCUGGUCUUCUUGGCUUCUGCCUGGCCUCGGUGGGCCCUUUUGUUUCAAGGGCUCAUCUCUCUAGAUUUGGCAAGCCAUUACAUCCACAUGUAUGCAACUCUUAUUAUGGGGGGUUCGGAUCAGAGUCACAAGAAAGUCGACAAAUCCAGGAGCUGGAUUUUAAAUUUAUAUUAUACAAAUAAAACCGUGCUGUUCAUCUUCUGCUGUAUGAACGAGGUUUUCUUCAUCGCUUUAUAUCUCCUUUCAUUCUCGUCACCACUCCUUUCUCCGUCAUUGUUGGAGGUCAAUCGGGCCGGCGACGCCGGCUCGACCCUUCAACCCGGGACCCCUUCGGCACCCUCCGCUUUUAUCUUCUCCAAUCCGCAUAGUGCCGCAGCACUGGAGUUGGCACGAGCAAAUAAGAUGGAUUCCUUCUGGCCCUGGGUCAUCGCUGGAAUAAGCUUUCCAAUCAUGGCUGGGAAACAAAUCAUCAAUGUUGUACAAUUGGUGAAGGCAAGCAGGUGGUUGGCUGAGGGCGACAACGAGAUGAGGAGGGCUGCUGGAUUGCCAAGGAAGCGCAGCAUGAAGUAA